ACAGCCUGAAAAUAUUAUUUUAUAAAAUCCAAAUUUUUAUGUUACAACUGAUAUGCAAUUUGUUGUUCAGUGUAAACAAAUAUGGCGACAUUUUUCACACGUGUUUGAAUGACGUUCAUUAUUUGUUCCAAAAAUGCCUGUGUUGGUUGGAAACAGCUCAGAAACAAUCGCAACUAAAAAUAAAGUUUGCUUGUGAUAAUCUUGCCGUAAAAGUUGGAUUAAAUGACCAAAUAAAUUUUAUAUGCCCACAUCUAUCACUUAACACCAAAAGUCCUCAAAGCAACACAAACAAUGUACCAAAAGAAAAAAUUUAUUUGUUGGAAGAUAAAUCAAUGUAUGAAGCAUGUAAUGCAACUGGGUCUGAUGUGCAAGACAUAUUAACCUGUAACAGUGCCAAUUUUCAUUCUUUGAAUGAGCAAUAUUUCAAUAAUAAAGUACCAGGCGAACGGGUUUUUACAGAAGGAAAGACAUAUUACUACAUAAGCACAUCAGGUGGUACACUGGCCACUCUAAAUGGCAAGACUGGGGGGAGUUGUGCUGGCAGAGGGGGAAAUUUUUUCCCACUAAAACUUGCUGUGUAUGUUUGUGGUCAGAAGGAAAUUGAUGAUGGAACGUGUAAAAGAUGCCAGACAUCCUCUUGUUAUGAAAAUGGUUGUGCAAAAUGGAACAAUUGGACAAAAACCGCAGAAUUUACUUGGAAUGGUAAAGCUUGUUUGCAGAAGUACACCAGAGUUUGUCCAUCUGAAUAUUUUAAAUGCGAAGGCGACAAUGUGAAAUAUGAAGAAGUCGGAAGAAAUAACUGCACCUUUUACUCUUAUUGUCCAUCAACAUCUCUUAUCCAACCCACAUCAUCUUUUACUUGUCCAAAACAGACCAUAUCAGAAACAGUUUCAGUCAGGACAGUCACUAUAUUUCAAACAACAGUACAAGUUGUACCAACAACGAGAUUAAGUGUUAGUACAGUUGUAACUGUAUCUACAUCAGUGUCGGUCUCUGUAUCGAUAUCUGUUAGUACUUCUAUAAGGACAACAACUACGACGAGUGUUUCAACAUCAACUGUCAUGUCAACUGUAACAGAAACGAAAUGCAGCGUUACAGGCAAGCCUCCAACUGCUAUCCCGAUACGCGCUGAAGAUAUUAGUUAUGACGAGAAAUUUUAUAUCACUGUCAUCUCCGCCAUUAUUGGUGCUUUACUGGUUGGAAUAUUUGUAUCACACGCUAUCGUCAGUUAUUGUAAAGGAAAAUACAGUAAGACAAGAGUGAUUGAAGUUGCUGAGUCUCGCCCAUCUUCAUCCCUUCUAGAAACUGCCUCUACAUCCAAAGACAUAACAACUUAUCAAAACACGAAAUUGUGAAGCCAAUAUAACACUCGGUGGUAAUGAAAAUAAAGUUGCAUGUUUUCUGGAAAAAAGUAAUGUAAAUUUUGACUGUCUACAAAAUAUUCAUGUAUAUUUGAAAAAAGAAAUGCUACCUGUAUAAACCAAAUUAACCUCGCUCAUCCAGCUUGAAAUAUCAAUUACGAUUAAUCAAAUUGGAAUAUAAACGGUCAUUAUAACAUAAAGCUUGACGUGUAUAACAGUUUAGAUAAAGAAUGGACGGAUUCACGUUCCUGAGACCUAAUUAACCGAAUUAAUCUUGUAAAUAGAUAGAUUUUUUUCAUUACUGAUCUAACCUGGUGUGUAUUUUCAGUCUUAAUUCAAAAAGCUCUUUUUUCAAAAAUUACGAAAAGUAGAAGAUAUAAAGAGUCCACAAAAUACGUGCUUGCGUAUAUCGUCAUCAGGACAUGUUGGAUUGUCGACGUGACAAAAUGACAAAUAAAAUCACUUCUACAUGUAAGAUGAAUUGUAAGAAAAAAAACAAAAUUUCAACGGCUUCAGCCAGAUUUUAUUUAAAACAAAAAUUUGAUUUGAUUUGCAGACUAGUUUACAUAAAAAUGUAUUCUCUACUGUGUUUAAAAUAAACACAGAAAAUAACGGAUAAAAAAUAACGGAUAGUUAUAUUUCAAACAAAUUUAAAAACUUUGAUUCCCGACGUGCUUAAUUUACGCGCGCAUAUACACGAGAAUUUACGCGCGAAAAUUACUACCAAGGUAUCAAAAGAUGGAAGGCCGGCAAAAAUAAUUGUAAGUCGGGAAAAGACUAAGAAGGUGCAAAAAAACAUACGAGACCACUUUGUAACAUAUUUUUCGAGUAUACAGUAUAAAACUAGUGUAAAUUUUUUGAUUAUUUUGUAUCUAUUGUAGUAAUGUAAAAUAUAUUUCCAAUAUUA